GCGCUGUCAAAUCAUUUUUCAGUCAUCUCUUCAGGAGGCAACAACGCAUAUCGGGCUUUCGGUCGUUUUAGCGUUUUACAACAAUAGCAUAAAUUUCAGAAAUAAAUAAAUUUUCACAUUUCGAACAACACAACGUGCCGUGUUUUUGGCUUUCCAAAAUAAUGAAAAAUAAACAAAUAACUUAUUAAUUACGAUAAAUUGCUGUUUUUCCAGUGACGACAAAUUCUGUACGUCAUACAAUAAAAAAAGCGUAUAAAGAAAUUCAACUCGCGGGUUAUUUCAAGAAUAUAAACAAAUUGGUGUCGCUUUUAAAAUAAUUUUCGCUUGCAAAGAAUCCAAGAAGGCCAACUUCAUUCGACAAAAGAAACAAGAAAAAGCCUAGCGAAAAUAUGUACAGCUAAAAUCAUAAAAUGUUGGCAAAAUAAAAAAAAGUGCAUACGACAAUUUUAAUAAAAAUCCAAACGAGUGAGAUAAUAUAAACAAAUUAUACGUCGAAAUGCAAGUGGACAACUGCAACUUAUAAAUAUUUAAUAAAAUUAAAUUAGUUUGUUGGCAGCUCUCAGCAAGACAGAUCCAACACAAAGAGAAACCUCUGAUUGCUCAUUGUGACAAAAACAGUGAAAUUUAUAAAAUUCCUGUGAAUGAACUAGAAAAAAAAAACGAUAUAGUGAUACAUUAUUGUAACAAAAUCGAAUGAUGACGGCCAGCAGUCUUCAACUUUUCCCCUGUCGUGUACAGCUGGUGGGCUUGCCUGUACCUGCAACAUCCACCUCCUCCAGCGCAAUGACAAAUGGAGCAGGCAACUCAACAACUUUGCAAACACCGCCUCAAGGUCCGCCCAUGGAAAUACGCCAAAGCGUAAGUCGCAAUUUGUUUGGGUCACCCGUGCCCGGUGAGGUUGACAACAUAUUUCAGCAGCAGACAAAACGCCAACAUAGGUAUAUCCGCGAUCGCUACAACAUCGAUGUCAAUAAGUUGCGAGAUAUGGCGGUAGUUGAGUCCACAACCCCGAUAACUGCUGCACAACCAACGCAAUUGCCCCCACUCAUCGCCCAUGAAGUCAAACAACAUGAGCAAUGCUUACAACAGGAAAAGUGCAAUUUAAAUAGGACCGUUGCCUACUCCAGCGAUAUGAUCACACCGCCCAAUGCUAAAAUUCAUCAGCCUUCACUCAAUGGCGACAGAAUGCGUAGACCGACACCAACCGCCAAUACAUCUUCGGAGCGCCGAAAACCCUAUACCAAACAGCCUUCUAUAACAGCAAUGUACAAUUUUCGCAAAAAACGCAAGCACUCGUCAUUGUCGCAUUCACUUUUAUCAGCAUCAGGAACAUCAUCGGCGGCGUCAUCUCCAGCAGCUGCAAUUGCCAACACUGAGACUUUGCAUCUCCACAAAAGCCCAUUAGAAGAUACUCAUAGAAACGUGCUGCCGCAAGCCGAGCAGGCCAUCAUGGCAUACAAUGAGCAGGACGACGAGGUGGAGGAGGAGGUGGGACAUGUUGCAAAUAGAGUGACAACAACAGAUGACAGCAGCGAUUCGGAUGAAAAUGACUCCACUGAACAAAAGCAGGCGGUAAAUGGUGAGGACGAUUGCAACGACACCACCACAUCAAAUGCCAGCCAGAAAUCAAGAAGCAACUCUACGCUGUCAGUGAAUUUUGUUCUAACCACGCAAACUGCGGCGACGAUCACCGCUUCUUCGCCCCACCAACAUGCGUAAGUAAAUAAGCACCAUCUGGUUGGUUGGAGUUAAAAAUAAACGCCAGAAAAUCUCCUCAAGAGUGUUGUCGUCGUCACCAUGGCAACGUUAGCAAGCAAAAACAAAAGUCAAGUCAACACGAAGUCUGGACUUGCAGGUUGACAAAUCCAAAAAUAUAAGUGUGUUUGUGCAAGCAUGCAUGAAUGUGCGCUGGUGGGGUGUAGAAAUGCCAGCAUUUACUCAUCGACAGCGGGCAGGCUGGCUGUUUGGCCCCACCGUAACAAAUAAAAGCACACACCCACACAAACACUCUUAAGGUAAAAUUAUAAUUGAUUAUUUUUACACAGAGGAGAUGUACACAAAUUUUUGUUUGUAAUUAUUACUUUAGUUUAUUUUUAAAAACAUAACAAAAAAAAAAAAAACACAAAAAAAAAUGAAAAAGAAAAUGAAACAAAAACAAAAACAUAAUUAAAAAAAUUUCAAAUUUUUACAUUUGAAUAUGACUUUCAAAUGAUCUCAUUUGUUGAAAAAUCAACACAAACAAACAAAAUACUUUUAAAAAUAAUUAUUACUAUAAUUAAUAUUGAUAAUGAUAUAAUAUAAACAAAAUUUACAACUAACCAAUUUCUAAUUACUAUUGCAGAAACAUAAAAAAAAAAACAAAACUACAAUAACAACUAAAAACCAACAGAACUAAUCAAAUGAUUUUAUAAAAAAAUAAGAAAACGAUUCAAAAUUAUAUUAACUUUAUGCAACUUUUUCAAACUAACUCUAUUGUAAAUUUACUAAUUUUCUCUAAUCUUAUCUAUCUUUUUUACCUAUUGUAUUCUAUUUAUUACUCUAUUAGCACCCAGCUUUGCUACAAUUCUUUUAAACCUCGUCGUGCAAAACUUCAUUCUUUCCCCUAAAUUACACUUUAAUUUGGCACAGUUUGGAGUAUUUAAACCCCUUCGCUUUUAUUUCUUCCAUUCUUUUUGUAGAUUUUUACUUAAGUUCUUCUUGCCCCUACUUUCUCUGUCUGCAAUUCUUUUUAAAUCAAUGAUUAUUUUUUUUUUAACUAUUUUUAAUAUGAUUUAAAACAAAUCCAGAAGAAAAACGAAUCAUGCGUAUAUUUAUUCUUACCAAAUCAUCCAAAAAUAAGAUGCUUUCUCCUAAAAACAACAAAAACAAUAUAUAUCUUCGAACGUAUGUAAAAUAUUUCUAUUUGUUUUGUAUUUUUAUUCGGAAAGAAAUUACAAAUUUUUUGCUUGUUUAUUUAAAUUUUUUAGAAAAUACUGUGAAGACCCUACCACUGUUUUUUUUUAUUAUUUAAAUUAUUGUAUAACAAGAAAAUUGGAAAAUUAAGAAAAAAAACAUAAAAAAAUAAUAAAAACAUUACAAAAUUUUAAAA